UCCCUCCAAAAACAUCGAAACUCUGUCAUUCUCGUGAUUCUCAUUUAUUUCGUCGCCCCAGUUGUUCAUCUAUCUCUGCUUCCUCCGUCCCACCAUUAUCAAUGAAUCGGAUCUCGAUCCCUCCCAGAAGGGUCUUCCUCUCCUUUAAAUCCCUUCGCCUCAAACCCAGAUUUCUCCACCAAACCCAGAUUCGAUUUGGGUCGUUCGAUCAUCAAUGGAGGUUCGUGGACGGUCGCGGCGGAGGAACGUCGACGGUUGCGCGGUGGUGGAGUGUUAUACACCGCGAAGGGUCGUCGCCCGGUGGCUGUUUGGGUUGAAAAGCGCGAAGGGGAAGAGGGAAGAGGAUGAGGAAGGAGUUGAAGAUGAUGAUGAGACGGGACCCAUCAAGUGUUCGACAAAACGCCUGAACGUGGGUUUUCCAUCGAGUCCAGCUCCGGCAACUAACGGAUUUGAAUCACGGAGCAGAGAAACAUCUUUGGAUGCGGGGAUCGGCUCUUUCUUGUUGUAUCUCGUCGUCGCAAGCAAAGCCGAGCUUGACAAGAUGGCAAAACUUCGGAUGCAAAUGGAGAUGCUCCUUCAGAAUGUUAAAGAAGAGCUACGGAAGAAAGAGCUACAGGAAAUGCCAUCCAAGUCUUCAAAGGACAAAACUUUAUACCACAGCGAUGAAUGCGGAAAGAGUCAGGAACCAAACGACGAUAACCAGAUCACCCCUCAAGUCAUUUCGAAUUUGGCAUCAUCCAUUUUCGAAGAGUCGUCAACGAACGUUGCUCACGACGAGAGUACAGAGAGUGAAGUCUCCAAGCCAGAGGAAUACAACGGAGGAACAGGUCGGGAAUCAAAAGUCGAAGCUGAGCUUCCUAGUCUAAAUCUGAACGACAAAGCCAGUGAGAGACAAAUGAUGAUGCGUCAGAGGCAACAAGAAGUCAAGAAGAACACCGAGAGCGGGAAGAGUAAAAUGCUGAAUUCAGAAGAGGUAGUAGCAGACGAGAGACAUGGAGUGUGUCCAUACGAACUGGAAAGAAGACUGCACGAACUAUUGUCGGCGAGGCAACAAGAAGAGAUUCAAGAACUGGAGACUGCUCUGAGGCGAGUGGAACGUCGGCUCGACGAGAAAGAAACAGAGGUCUCGUGGUGGAAAGACGCAGCGAAUCUGCUCGCUCGACGUGUUCCUGAAUCUUCUAGAGCAGGACUUGAAUACUGCAUUCCUGAAUCUAUCAGAACAACACAGCUUGAUCGUUCUUCUGUUCAUGUUCAUGUUCAUGGUUCUUCUUCUAAAGCUGUUUUGAAACGCCGUGUUAGCUGGUCUAGAUGAAAGUGUUGUCAAUUUUGAUCUCAAUAAAGAAAUGGGUCAUGUUUUCCAGUUCA